AUGGGUGCUCUUAAAUACGUGGAGGAGCUUCAAAAGAAGAAGCAGUCCGAUGUGAUCCGCUUCCUCUUGCGCGUCCGAUGCUGGGAGCUCCGUCAACUCAAUGUUAUCCAUCGUGCCUCCCGUCCCUCGCGUCCAGAUAAGGCCCGUCGUCUCGGCUACAAGGCCAAGCAGGGCUACGUUAUCUACCGCAUCCGUGUCCGACGUGGAGGACGCAAGAGACCAGCCCCCAAGGGUGCCACUUACGGCAAACCCACCAACCAUGGUAUCAACCAGCUCAAGUACCAGCGUUCUCUGAGAUCCACUGCCGAAGAGCGUGUUGGCAGACGCUGUGCCAACUUGCGCGUUCUCAACUCUUACUGGAUUAACCAGGAUUCCACCUACAAGUACUAUGAGGUCAUCCUCGUCGAUCCCCAGCACAAGGCUAUCCGCCGCGAUCCUCGCAUCAACUGGAUCGUCAAUCCAGUGCACAAGCACCGCGAAUCCCGCGGCUUGACUGCCACUGGCAAGAAAUCCCGUGGUCUCGGACGGGGCCAUAAAUACAACAAGACCACUGCUGGCAGACGGAAGACCUGGAAGCGCCUCAAUACCCAGAGCUAUUGGAGAUACCGCUAG